AUGGUAAUCGAUGAGAUAAGAUAUGCUCUCAUUGUCGUGUUUUCGGGUGUUCUGUUCGAAAGGUGGUGGGUUGAGCUGGGCCGAACCCAGCUGAAAGCAGUUGUCGACACCGAGACCACCCUCCAAGCUGUCGGUGUGGUGAUCCGUCGCCGAAGAGGUUGUCGGCAAUGUCUGGCGCCAACUGAGGAGGGAGAGCUGCCAUUACCUAGGUGUGGUGCCCUUGCGCGGUUGACGCCGACGACACUGGCACAUUGGGUAGUGCAGGCUUUUAGCGGCCCAGUUGCGUACAAAUCAAUCAUGGUUCAAGGAAUGGAGAUGUCGAACAGUGUGGAGUUGGUCGCAGGCAGGAUCCACGAUACCCACCAGCCCUGGGUCAGUCGCGGUCAACUGACCAAUGGGCCCGCUCCAUCCACCCCUUUCAUCGUGGGGGUGGAACAACUCAAGGAACCGCCAACAAAACUCAAAAUGCACAUCGCUAACCCAACUGCUACCUUUUUCGAGAUCGAGAGCAGCGAAAUGCAGCAUGCAUUCCAGAGGGACAAUAGCAAGCUAGGCCAUGCAGGGACUCCAGAUUUCAUCAUGCCUCCUCAGAUGCACCCCCGCUCGAAGAGGAAGGACCCCAAUGGUGUUGCGGAAGAGGGGCACACAUGA